UUGCACUCGUCUUGCGCAUGAUGAGGUCUGUAAAGACUUCCGAGUCGAGCAGCCAGAAGAUGAGCUUUCUGCUAGUGUCUUUCGCCGAAACAUCGCUCGGAUCGCUAGCACCUUGAUUAAGAUAUUAUUACGAGUUUUCUAGGAUAAUAUUUAACUUUAGUGCGCCUCCUUAAGACGAGCUUUCUUAUCUCUAGGCUGGCGUAGGUAGAUUUGGCAGGCCGCAGCGGCUGAAGUCCAAGCAUUUCUUCGUCAGCUGACGAGACAACAUAAACAGGCUCAUCAUGCGACAAACGCGUAAUCUCCGAAUUCGGUAAUCUUUCCGGCGCCUGGAUCGGGAAACAGAGAAACCAAGGAAGCGUUGUCCUCUCGAGUCGGCAUGUCCAGCAACGGAACAGGAAGUCCUCCUGGCGACGACACGCCGAGCAAUGCCCCCGCGGCCGACCCCGACAAGACAAAGGCUGCCCCCCUGUUGGCCAUUCCUGUUUCCCAGGGCAAGCAGAGUGCCACCGUCUGCUGCGAGCAGCCUCGCCAGGAGAAUCCCGCCAACAUCCCUCCGCCCAUGAACCAGCCCCACCGCAGUGGCGAGGUGCAGAAUUACACCGGCAACGGGCUUCGCCAGCGCUCGGACGACUCCCUGGCCUCGACGAGCCUCAGUUACGGGACGGGACAGGUGCUGUUCAACUGGCAGGCGUCCAAGAUGACGGUAAAGGAGCGGCUUGGCUUCCUCUUCAACAAGGAGAUCCUGAGCGACGUGCGCUUCCUCGUCGGCCGGGGCCCCCAGCAGCAGCGUCUGCCGGCCCACAAGUUUGUGUUGUCGGUGGGCAGCGCCGUGUUCGACGCCAUGUUCAACGGAGCCAUGGCCACCACGGCGGACGAGGUGGACCUCCCCGACGUGGAGCCGGCGGCCUUCCUGGCGCUGCUCCGCUUCCUCUACUCAGACGAGGUGCACAUUGGGCCCGAGACUGUGAUGACGACGCUGUACACUGCCAAGAAGUAUGCGGUGCCCGCCUUGGAGAAGGCGUGCGUGGAGUUCCUCAAGCGCCACCUGAGCAGCGACAACGCCUUCCUGCUGCUCACGCAAGCCCGGCUCUUUGACGAACCCCAGCUGGCGGCGCUCUGCCUCGACACUAUCGACAAGAGCACGGCGGAGGCGCUGGCUGCGGAGGGCUUUGUGGACGUCGACCACGACACCCUGUGCGCGGUGCUCGAGCGAGACACCCUCCGCAUCCGUGAGGUCAAGCUCUUUGCGGCCGUGCUCCGGUGGGCAGAGGCGGAGUGCGUCCGUACGGGGCGCCCCGUGGGGCCCGAGGGCCAGAGGGCGGCCCUGGGGCGGGCCCUGUUCCUGGUCCGCUUCCCGCUGAUGAGCAUAGAGGAGUUUGCCCUGGGCCCUGCCCAGAGCGGCGUGCUGACGGACCGGGAGCUGGUCUCCCUCUUCCUCCACUUCACGGUGAACCCCAAGCCGGCGGUGGGCUUCCCCGACGUGCCCCGCUGCUGCAUCGUGGGCAAGGAGCAGGCCGUGGCACGCUUCCAGCAGACGGAGAGCCGCUGGGGGUACUCGGGCACCUCGGACCGCAUCCGGUUCACGGUGGACCGCAAGAUAUUUGUGCUGGGCUUUGGCCUGUACGGGUCGAUCCACGGCCCGUCGGACUACGACGUGAACAUCCAGAUCAUCCAGACGGGCACGGGCAAGGUGCUGGGCUUGCACGACACGAGCUUCAACAGCGACGGCUCGUCUGCCAUGUUCCGCGUGCUCUUCAAGAGCCCCGUCGAAGUGGCCCCCAACAUCAACUACACUGCCUGCGCCACGCUAAAGGGCCCCGACUCUCACUACGGUACAAAAGGCCUGCGGAAGAUCACCCUGGAUUGUCCUCGGGGGAGCCGCGUGACCUUCCAGUUCACGUAUGCCGCGGGGAACAACAAUGGAACUUCCGUCGAAGACGGACAAAUACCAGAGAUCAUCUUCUUCACCUGACCCUUCUUAACAAGCCCCGAUUCGCGAGCAACCUUGAACCCGAAGUCACUCGCCCAGACACCCUGCCUUGGCGGCGGACCCCGGUCGUCUGCUGGUCACGACCCUGCGAGCUUGCCCACGGCAGCAGCAGACGACAACUGCGGUGUUAUUUAAGGACAGUUCCAACGGGAGGGGAAUUCACUCUUGGUUCUCAAACCAAACUGUCUGUUGAUCGCUGCUCAGCAAGUGUUGUGUAGCAGAGGAGCCUUCACGUAGCAGACAAACUAAUGCUGCAGGCUUCGUCGUCUGCCGUUCAAGGCAUGGCGAGCCUGCCCAUGGCAACUGCAGACGACUCCUGCAUUACUUAAGGGCAGUGCCAGUUGGAGGGUAAUCCACUCUUGCUUCUGGAACUGGACUGUCUGUUGAUCACUCCUCAGCAAGUUUUGUGUAGCAGAAGAACCUUCCCGUUGCAGACAAACCGUAUAGUGGGCUCUGCCAUCUGCAAGUCAGACAACUCCAGUGUUAUUUAAAGGUAGAAGGGCGGUGCUAUACUCUGUUCACCAUUAAGCCGAGACUGCAACAAAUGUCACAAGCACGAGAGCUCGACGUCUGCUUUGAAGUGUUCUUCUGCAGAAAAAGCACUCACGCUAGAAAUGCAUGUCUCAAAGCCAGGAGUGCAGGCUAGCUCGCGCUUGUAGCUUUGGCUGCAAUCUCAGCUUAAGAGUGAACAGAGUAUAGAAGACGGUUGCGUCUGGAACCGGACUGUCGGAAUCACUGCUCGACAAGUUCUGCUUAGCAGAUGAGCCUUCACACAGCAAAAGACCGGACGGCAAACUUGCGGUUUUAGGUCUAAUUUGGUCUGUGCACAUUUCAACUGGUUCAGUGUUGUUGCUGCGACCUUACUGUGUUCGUGAGUCAUCUUUUGGCAAUUCUUUUAUUGCCGAGCAGAUGGCUACAGUUCUAGCGUUUUUAUGAAGAGAAACUCAACCUCCGUUUGCAAGAGUUGAUGAUUGAUGUUGCGAAGUGGCCAAUAUCACACAAUAGGUUCCUAAAGGUCAACUUACCAUACACCCAUACCUUUCAGGGUACGGCUGUUUGAUUACGACGCUGAAAACACAAACUAGGGCUUCUGUAGAAUGGUGGUUGCAAGUGUUGCCCAGCAGAUGACCACAGGAUGUGUGCUAUUUAUUGUGAACCUAUCUGCACUCCCCUCUACCUUUAAGUUGGCUACAAGUUCAGCUCGAUCCACGUAGGAGACGGCUAUUGUACCGAUAGGCUUCCGGGUUCGGAAAACUGCUGGUGGGUGUUUUCUUGUUUCCUAGAGCCAUCGCUGCAUUUCCGGGUAGUUCUGCCUAUCGACAUUUUAAUGUUGGAUAGCCGUGGCUCAGCAUUUCAGGGAUUUCACCACGUUCUGUAGCGAAGCAAGGACGUCGUUUAACUGAUCUCAAGUGUGUAGUUGCAAUUGCUUGAACGAGCGCAAACUCUUUUUGUUUGUUGACAAUCUCAAUGUGUGUGUGUGUUUGUGUAGGUUGGGAAUGCAGUAAAAAGUAGUGCUCGGCCAACACCUUGGCUCAGCACGUUCUCAAGAAUGACGUAGAUCUGAUCUAUUAUGCAAGAGCGCGAGUUUCAAAGUGGAACAAAAUCGUCAAGCGUGCCACUUUUUCUCGUUUUUGUUCGCACGCGAUGUCGAAAAAUAAACACGAUCGACGAACA